UGCGAGUGGCAUUGCUUCAUCGCUUGGAGGAUAAGAAAAAAAAGAGAAGAAAACAAAAAUUAGAAGAAGAGAAACGAAAAUUGAGAAACUGGCAAAUCUCUGAUAAUAUGAAGACGGAGGAGAAAGAAGAAGAAGAGCAAUGGCGAUCAGUUCACGAGGUUUUACUGAUUGUUCUUCCUUAUCUUCAUUCUCUGUUUGAGCUUCUCUCUAUGACUCGCGUUUCACGGUCGCUCAGAGACGCGAUCAGAGAUGAAACCGCGUUAUGGACAAACGUCGUUGUUGAACCACCGUUGAGUUCUCGUUUGACCGAUGAGACUCUAUGGGAAAUCACUUCGAAAUCCGCCGGGAAAUUGAAGACUCUGAUUCUCCGGCAAUGUCUUAGGGUCACCGACAAGGGGCUUCGACGUGUAAUUGACGCGAAUCCUCUUAUCAGAACGAUAAUUGUGCCGGGAUGCACUGAAUUAACCCCUGAAGGAAUCAUGGGAUGUGUUGAGAGCUUGACGAAGAACAAUCACAAAGUGGAGACACUUCACAUUAAUGGCGUCUAUGGCCUCACCAAACACCAUCUCUCAGCACUUUCGACUUACCUUCCUCAAGAAGGAGCAAUCGACGUCGAGGUCUGUCCCAGAUGCGACGAAGUCAGGAUGAUUCCGGCUUGCUCAAGAGGAUCAUGUAACCAGAGGCAAACGAACGAACGCAAGUGCAGGGGAUGCUGGUUUUGCAUCCCUAGAUGCGUCGAGUGCUCAGUGUGCCUCGGACCAGACACUGAGGUACAGGAAGCAGCGUGCGGUGGCGACUCACUGUGUCUUGAAUGUUGGCUUGUGCUUCCCAAGUGCAGGUUCUGUAAUAAACCCUACUGCACAAGUCACAGCAGCCUGCGACAUGAGAUUGCAACCACUGAUGCUACGGCUCGGCCUGUAUUUGAAUGCCAAGCUUGUUACUAUAGGGCAGAGACAUUGAUGGAGUAGUAAAUAAAAAAGAAAGAAUCAAGCUUUCAACACAGGAAUUAGUUACAAACAUCGAUGAUCCUGAAGCUGAACACUACAGGCUACCCUUAAUGAACUCCUUGUCAAAGGAGAUGAUCAACAAAACUGGGUAGACACAGAGAGAACAAACCCACCAGAGCUCUUUUGUCUCAAGUGUUGCAAGAAAGAAGUUAUAAUUAAGAAGCAAGAAUUGAGAGUUGUUCUUCUUUUUCAGAGUUUCUACAAGAAUACUAAGGCAAUGAUCAGUAGAAGGGAGAGGAGUGUUAAGUCAGUGAAUGAAGCGUGAGGGUGAUAGUACUGUGGGAUGCAGCCAGAGGUUGUGGAGUUUGCUGAAGGGGCCAAUGCCGUGGUGUUGUUUCCAAGUGUCUGAUUGCUUUUCGCACUGCAAAAUGUAGAGAAAGU